CUGAGUCAGUCGCAUCGGUAUAUUUGUACCGUGGGCUACACGCCGGCAGGGCUUCCGUGCGAACGGCCUUUCUUCGGCUCGACGUGGACGCCGAGCGUUCACUCGCUCGCGAACGACGGCUCCUAGGCGUGGAAGGCUCGUGUGCGCGCGUGGCUUGAUCGUCGAGUGAGUGCGUCGAGGGUGCGUGCGCGCGCGGCGCUCGUUUUCGUGCUUGUGUUCCGUGCUCGCCUCCGCCGAAACAGCGGGAUUCGCAGCGGGGGCGAGGAAGAAGAAGACGACGACGACGGAAGUUCGAGAUGUGAGCGGCUGCUGGUCGGCCGUCGCGAAUCAACCACCGUCGAUCGGCGGUCGAAGGGUGGUUUUAACGGGGGAACGCACGCACGCAGGGGAAAACCUGCUGUACCUCGGAAAAAUUUCGUGAUUCGUGAUCGAGGGCAGCGAUCGUCGAGGGGAAGCUGAAGUGCUACUGGCAACGAUUCUCGCGGUGUGGAAGAUGAACAAUUUUGGAAAAGUUCGCCAGCACGAAGAGCACAGACGAGCGAACGAGGAUGUAUCGAUCGGGAGGGUGAGAAGUUGAAUCAAACGCGUGGGAACAGGCCGACAUAUCGACUGCGAGGAAACGAAGAUAUCGGAUGCAAAGUUCGUCUACGAUAACGAACGUAAAAUUAUCGAGUUAACAAUAUAUGGAUGCUUAUCGAAGGAGAAAUAACUAUAUAAUAAAUCUAUUAAAGAGGAAAUAAUAUUUAUUCGUGGAGCGAUUUGAAUCUAUUUGUUUUAUCUACUCGUUCGAAGUUUAAAGAUUCUAUGAUAAUUACGUGGUAAAUAGUUGAAUAAAGCGCCGAGGGGCCGCGUAUAUCGCCGUUUUAACGAGACACCGAAGCUGCGAAUCUUCGACGAAGAGAAACGACCAAGAAAACGAAUGCUGUCAAUUAUAAUAUUCUGAAUCAUCGGGUUACGAUUUUCGCCUAGUUCAAUUACUAUUAUUCUACUAACGGGUUUAAGCAGUUUCACUUCUGUAGCGGUUCUUUCAAUCUACCUCUUGUCUAAGAAGGAUACAAGCAUAAGCUGACAACGAAGAAGUGACGCGUGGUGAAGAAAAGUGCGGGUAAACGGCCUACAAACGUAUCCGUAGAUAUAGUUCGCGACGGGUCCUCGAGUUGGCCCCUCACAAUGGUUGUACCUGGUUUAAUCUGCUGUUAAGACUUCGCCGUUCAGAAACGGAAGCUCUCGCUUCUGCGCCGAUUCGAAGAUAGCGGCGGCGGCAUGAACACACGAGAUUGGUUACGAAGUGCCAUUCGCAGAGUGUCGCGCGAUCUCGAACGAUUCAUCAAGAUCGCGCCGAACGACUAUCAAACUUUGUGCAUGCGGUUGUAGUGUAUAGAAGAAACAAAGGGAAAGUAGACCGACGAACGGGGGUAACGGAGAGACACAGUGACAAUAUAUUUCCUCGUAUCGCAACGUAGAAGUGAACGGUAAAAUAGUGCGCGGAUUCGACAGAUGGGCGCGAAGUGAAGAAGGGGGAGAUCGAGGACAGUCGACAUGGAGAUCGUUAACGGGCGAAGUGCGUCCAAGUAUCGUUCGGGUUUUCCAGCGUCGAAGACCUCCGCGAGAUACAUCAAAGCGCCGUUAAUGUUCCUUCUCGGGCCCCAGGGAAGAUUGUAAUUUCGCUUAUCGUCAGCGUCGCACGACGCGCGCGAUGAAUCGUCCCGAGGAUCGUCGAGAGCCUAAAUCAGGCCGACCAGUGGAAGCUUAGGUGACGGGGUUGACCCACGUAUUGCGUUAUUGUUCACGCGAACUUCAUGAAAAUGGACUCGACGAAGCUGGGCGGGCCAGCCCCAACCAGCCCGAGGGCUCAUUCGCCUGCCAUGCCGACGUAUAGCACCACCGGGGACGGGAACAUCGAUUACAUAAUCGGGGAUUACAUGGAACGACUCGGCACGAGGUUAAACAUACUCGAGACCGAGCUGAGGUACGCGUGGAGGGCGCUGGAUCUCCUCAGCCAAGAAUACAUUAAAAUGUGGGAGAGACUGGAGAAACUGGAGGGUCUGCUCUACGAACAGCAGACGGUUAUCAGUCAGCUGAUCGAGUUCUACGCGGGCGGAAGCAGCCACGAGGCUCCGAACGUGGUGGAGGAGACGUUGGCCAAUCAACAGAGCACGGUGGGAGAGCUGGAGGCGAUCGCGAAGACUAUAGGGACCUCGAUGAGCAUCGAGGAGACGACAGCGUUGAGGGAGAAACUGACCCAGCAGGAGUUGGUGAGGAUGCACGGACUAACGCAGGACAGCACGGCCGCUGCUGCCGUGGUCACCGACAUUCACCGAAACGUCAGAAACUUGGACGCUCUGGAGACCCUCGAGGAAGAGGGCAAUCUUCCGGACGAGGCCUUCUACAGAAGCUUGAACAAUGCUUACAGAGAAGACCUGAUAUGUGGCGACACGUCCAGGCCGACGUCGCAGUUGGGGAUGAUCUGGGAAGAGGCGGAGGACGAGGACGCGAACGGAAAGAAAGACGCGGAGGCGAACAUCUUCGACAAGACCACGAAGAAGGAAACGGAGCUCGAGGAGUUGAUCAACAAGCCGACGAAGGAAGAGAUACAGGAGGCGGUGACAAAAAAGGAGGACGAGGCGGACGAGGACGAAGGCGAAGUGUUCAGCGCGGCUGACUAUAAGAGUUACCGCGGUAACACGCCCUGCGUCAGCGAACAGGAUCUCGCCCAGCUGUCCAGGCUCAGUUCCAUCGAUCAGGUGGCUCUGGAGAAGCUUCACGAGUUGGACAGGCUGACCAACAAACUUCAAAAGGACUCUCAGAACUUGAUCGAGCUCCAGUCGCGACUGAUGGACUCCCCGAAGAGACAAUACAGCUCCGAGGCUGAAGCGAAGUUAGCCGAAGAAGCGAGUAGCAUAGACGAGCAACUCAGAAAAAUUUACGCCGAGACCGACGUCGACAGUUGGACUUUCUCGAAGAGCCCUGGGUCGACGGGCAGAUCGAUCUCCAGAGUCAGCACCGACAGCGGCCUGGCCACCGACGGCGACUUCACAACCAGAUCGAUUUCGCCGAGGCUGACGUCCACAUCCAGAACGAAUCUGGAUUCCAUCUCGACCACCUACACCCCGCCGAGACUGACCUACAGCGCGACCGCAAGGGAAAAGAGUCCCGAGCCAGUUAUCCAAUUACCCAUAGACGUCGGGAGCUUCGCCAAAGGUUACGCGGAGAACAAGGAAUUAACGGAUCUGAUGGUCGAGAGCUUCGUAGCCGUGACUUGCGCGUCGCCAACUAUCUACAGCACCACCGCCGACAAAGUGCCAUCGCCAACUCUCUCGGCGGGUAGCGUCCACAGCGUGCACAGCGUCCACAGCGUGCAGAGCCUUCGAACCAGGCAAGACGGUUACUUCGGUAGCGCAGCCAGACUGAACUUAGAAUUCCAAGAGAGUAGAACACCGCCUAGCCCCUCGCCCAGUUCACCGCCUCCUCCAGCUCCUCAAGACUCCGCGGAAUCCUUCCUGAUGCCAGGCACGGAUCAGAGGGAACCCGACGUGAAGUGCUCUCAGAGUCCCACGUUUCUGAGAAACGCGGAGAAGCUCGUGUCCCUGGAGCAAGGUCGCCUGAGUCCGCGGACCCCUCAUUCACCUAAAUCGCCGCGAGUGUCGCCUAAGCACACGACCAAGCCUAGCUGCGUCGCCAACAUAGUAGCGGCGAAAUCCGACUCGGGCCUAUCUUCCAUGAGCGGUUGGAGCAGCUUGGACAAGUCGCCGAGCUCUCCGAAAAGUUCCAUCGCCAAGAUGCUCACGUCCUACUCGGUGGAUCACGCCAGGACGAGCUUGAUCCCGAGCACAACGUCGAUCAGAACGAGCAGUCCGAUACCGCCGCUUCCGGAAACGACGAUCGCGGUCAUCACGGAACCUCUGUACGACACACCCGAGGGCAGAGACGCUUUCGCGAACGCCAACGCUACAGUCACCAGCCACUCGUUCACCGUGGCGAUGAAUCAUCUCUCGGCGUACACGUCCAUGAAGUCACCGACUACCAAAGAGGAUUACAACUUCGUGCCACCGCCAGCGCCGGUCGCGACGACCUGUCAGAGUCCGAAGAAACGGAGUCGUCAGCAAACGUUGCAGCACACUUACGACACAGUGGCGCCUGGAUGCACGCUGGAUUACACGUUCAGGCCGGAUCAACCAGCUAUUUACUCGGUAGCUGGGAGCAAUCGACAGCAAGCCAUCACGAGCGUCUACACCAGCGGUUCCGGCACUUACGGUCCCAAGGCCACGACCACGGUUUACUAUUCGGACUCGAUGGACCAGUACAACACUUACCCGGACAACUUCAACGCCGGACAGUACGCGGACCCCGGUGGAAUGGGUCACAUAAAGAAACCGUUGAGGGGUGCCGUGUUCUCCGACGGUCUGACGAACCACGAGGGAUACAAAGCCGCGUUGUACCGCACAAUGUUUCCCACGGGGAACAUCACAGACGCUUUAUCGUACUACCCAACCAGCGCAAACUUGCCGCGAACCGAGACGAACGAAUGUUCGUGGCUGAACUCGAUGGAGGAUCAGAUACCUCACGAUUCGACGUCCUCGAGUAUCAGGUCCUUAACAUCCGAUGGCAGCUACGUUCAGAGUCCCUACACGGACAGAAGGUAUCCUCAGCCGCCGGCCUACCAGAGCCACCAGUAUCAUCACACCUACGCGAACCAGAGCUACCCGCAAACUUAUCAGCAGCAAUAUCAACCCUAUAGUCAAAGACUGAGUAGUACCGACAGCGCACAACUCACCGAUGGCUACCAGAGGCAAUGGCAACAGGAGCAUCAGUACAUACAGAAUCACGAAACCGGAAGAUUGCCUAGCGAGCAGUCGCAGCAUCAGCAAAGCGAGUACUACGACGCCUCGAGUGUAAUAGUGUCCCAGUCCGGGUACAUCAGCAUCGCUACGAACCUAAAGGACCACGAGAUGGAGACCACCAAAACGACGAAGAAGAUCAGAAGAGGUGCCUCCUUGAAGAACGCUAUGAGUUCCAUGAGCAACUGGCUGCCCGACUUGCACCUCAGUAAGAGGCACAGAAGUCACUCCUUGCCUGGCGGGGUGAGACGAGAAGACCUGGACGGCCCUCAGGACCAGCAACAAAGAGUUCCUCCCGCGGAAGCUGGUACGGCCAGAGGUCGCGGUAGAGGUCAAGCGCCCAGGAAGAAGAAAAAGAACACCCUCGUCUCUACCGUAUCCGGAAUUCUUCAGAAAGCCAAGAGACGAAGCCAUCAAUCGCAGUCCCUGUCCGAUCCUGAGCAAUCCGAAACCGAAUGGAGCAGUGGCAGACAAAGUGGUUUAUCGGAGGACGAGGACAGCGUCAUGUCUGACGCGACUCAAGAUCAGCCUCUCUUCGCGAAAGUGAAAUCCUCGAGCACGAAACGCAAACCACUGGUAUCACAACCGAUCGCUCUGCAGCAGCAGCAAUCGACGCAACAGUUGCCGCCGCAGCAGUUGGAGUACAUGCAGCAUCAACAGCAGCAGAACCUUCAGCAACAGCAGCAGGCCCUUCAGCAGCAGAUUCAACAGCACCAAGAGCAGUUGCACCAGCAAGCUCUCCAAGAUGGCUGGGCUAAGGAGAAGGAGCAAAGGAAAGAAUUGGAUCACGACAUCGCCGAUCAAAUGGGUGGUUUUGAAGAAGAAACGUCGGGAAAGAGUACUGGUUCGGGCUCCGGUGGCUCCUCUAUAUUCCAAACCGUCGGCGACAUCAAACGAUCCACAGGUAGCUCGGACGAAGCUCCCAACGAGAAAGCCCCGAAGCUCCCACCCGUGAACCUGAUGGGAGGCGCGAGCAUGGAGUUCGCAGUGUCCAGGGCGCUGGGAAAAUAUCGACAGAGACAAUCCUCCACGGUGUCCGACGAACAACCGCCCAGCGAGGAAUCCAACAACGACAAAAAGUCCGAGGACGGGACCGUGCAGACCCUCGAGACCAGCUUCGAAUAUCCUGAAGAUGUGUCAGAGAAAAGCGAGAAGAGCGAGAAAUCCAGCAGCACCAGAUUGCCAGAGUUGGUGACCAGCAUAUCCGAAGAGGCUCCUCCGUCCGAAGGUAGCCCAUCCGCGUCGAGUACGAGAGGCCCAACGUCGGGUAGUCGAUUCAUGCCACGUCACCAGCAAUCCCUCGAGAUUCCUUGGACAGGAGCACGACCCGGCGAGCUGGACGAAGAUAAUCGGAGCACGCAUUCUUAUAGAAGCACGUCGAGGGUCUCGUCCAGGCGGCAGAGCACGGAAGAUUCGAUAGAUUCCGAGGACGAAUGGUACAGAUACGAGCUGAGGAAGCUGGAAGACCUCGAGAGGCAGUCAACGACGGAAGUGGAUGUGGGCGAGACGUUGGUGCAACAACAACCACCCGAAGAGACCGAACCUUAUCAACCAGACGACACGGUGAAGGAGAAGAUGUCGUUCGUACUGAAAGAGCUGAAGCUGAAGGCGACUACAAAGGUCAAGGAGUCGCCGAAAGAGGAGAAGGAGGAGCCACGAGCGACGAAAGUGAACGGAUCCAUCGCGAAAGAUCGUCGUAUCGAGGAGAGGGACAGGUACGAGAAGCCUAUUCCCAAACGGAAAUCCGCGGAGAGCAUCGAAGCGGUGUUCGCGAGGGUGACCGAUUACCACACCUGGGUGAACGAAGAGGAAGCCAGAAAGGAGAAGCCACCCUCGUCGGUGGAGGAGGGCUCAUCCGGGGAGACCUCUGGCCCGGACAGUCCCGUCCAAUCGAUGGACGAGGAGGAAGAGGAGGAGCCGAAAGAUCUCGAAGAGGAACAGUCGAGACGGAGUUCCAGCGGCUCAACCCUGCGCCACGGCGAGAAAAUUCAACCCGGAUCGGAGUCCCUUUCACGCGAAGGUAGCGUAAGUGUACCACCUAGCGAGGUGUCCGUCAGCAUCCCGGGUGCUUGGGAUUCAGAGAGCACUGUCCUUGAAGGCCUCGAACGCGACGGAGCCGGCAGCGCCGAGACGGCCACCACGGCGACCUUGAGCCUACCGAAAAUAAAAAUCGAUUCCUCGUCCUGCGGUAGCUCCGACACUACACUGAAGGAGGGCCAGGUGAGUCCUGGUCCGCCUGGAUCGAAGUGGAAGCUACUGAAAGCGUUGAAGGAACGCAAGGCCGAGGAGAAGCUCAAGGAGGUCGAGGAGGCCUCUAAGGAGACUGCUAUUCCCCAGGGACCCACUGCAAACGGCAGCGGACCUGGAGGCGAAUCCGGCGGACGGGGGAACGGGCAUCCUGGAGACAAUCCUUUCUACAGCUACAUCGACAGCAUGCCGGACAUUCGGCCGCGCCGAAAAUCGGUGCCAAUGGUCUCCGAGCUGACAAUGGCGGUGACGAAGAGGAACGCUGGAGGUCUAACAUCGGCGGUGCCCAGAGCAACAUUGAACGACGAGGAGCUGAAGAUGCACGUGUACAAGAAAACGCUGCAGGCAAUGAUCUACCCGAUCUCCUCGACGACACCGCACAAGUUCUUCACCUGGACAGCGACGUCGCCGACCUACUGCUACGAGUGCGAGGGUCUUCUCUGGGGCAUUGCUCGACAAGGGGUGAGGUGCACGGAGUGCGGUGUCAAGUGCCACGAAAAGUGCAAAGACCUGCUCAACGCGGACUGUCUGCAAAGGGCGGCUGAGAAAAGCUCGAAGCACGGGGCCGAGGAUAAGGCGAACAGCAUAAUCACAGCCAUGAAGGACAGAAUGAAGCAGAGGGAGCGGGAAAAGCCGGAGAUUUUCGAGCUGAUCCGCACGACGUUUUCAGUCGACCCGGACACGCACAUAGACAGCCUCGAGCAGGCCGAACUGAUCGUCCUUGAGGGUACCAGCAAGUGGUCCUGCAAGAUCGCCAUCACAGUGAUCUGCGCUCAGGGACUGAUCGCGAAAGACAAGAGCGGCACGUCUGAUCCGUACGUGACGGUCCAAGUCGGGAAAGUGAAGAAGCGCACCAGGACGAUGCCGAGGGAAUUGAAUCCGGUUUGGCACGAGAAGUUCUACUUCGAGUGUCACAAUUCGUCCGAUAGAAUAAAAGUGAGAGUAUGGGACGAGGACAACGACCUGAAGUCGAAGCUGCGGCAAAAGCUGACGAGGGAGAGCGACGACUUCCUCGGGCAGACCAUCAUCGAGGUGAGAACGCUCAGCGGCGAGAUGGACGUCUGGUACAACCUGGAGAAGAGAACGGACAAGAGCGCUGUGUCCGGGGCGAUCAGGUUGCACAUCAGCGUGGAGAUCAAGGGCGAGGAGAAGGUCGCGCCUUAUCACGUGCAGUACACCUGCCUGCACGAGAACCUCUUCCACAGCCUGUGCGAGAAGAACGACGGCGUGGUGGGCCUGCCCCAGGCGAAGGGCGACGACGCCUGGAAGGUGUACUUCGAUCCACCUGGUGAAGAACUCGUCGACGAGUUCGCGAUGCGAUACGGCAUCGAGAGCAUCUACCAAGCAAUGACACACUUCCACUGCCUCUCGACGAAGUACCUCUGUCCAGGUGUGCCAGCGGUGAUGUCGACCCUCCUGGCGAACAUAAACGCGUACUAUGCCCACACCAGCGCAAGUUCCGCCGUUUCUGCUAGUGAUAGAUUCGCCGCCAGCAACUUCGGGAAAGAAAAGUUCGUGAAAUUACUGGAUCAGCUGCACAACUCUCUGCGGAUCGAUCUGUCGAUGUACAGAAACAACUUCCCGGCGUCCAGCCGUGAGAAGCUGAUGGACCUGAAGAGCACGGUCGAUCUGCUGACGAGCAUCACGUUCUUCCGUAUGAAGGUUCAGGAACUGUCCAGCCCGCCCAGAGCGAGCACCGUGGUGAAAGACUGCGUGAAAGCGUGCCUACGCUCGACGUAUCAGUUCUUGUUCGAGAACUGCUACGACAUUUACAACAGGGAGUUCCAGGUGGACCCGAGCGAAGUAAAGAGAGACCCAGAGGACCACGGACCCCGUUUGGAGUCCCUCGACUUCUGGCAUAAACUGAUCGCCUUAAUCGUUUCGGUGAUCGAAGAGGACAAGAACAGUUACGCGCCCGUGCUGAAUCAAUUCCCUCAGGAGCUGAACAUCGGUCAACUGUCGGCGGCCACUAUGUGGUCGCUGUUCGCGGUCGACAUGAAGUACGCGCUGGAGGAGCACGAGCAGCACAGACUGUGCAAGUCCUCGGCCUACAUGAACCUCCACUUCAAGGUCAAGUGGUUGCACACUAACUACGUCAUGGACGUGCCCCCUUACAAGGGUGCGGUGCCGGAGUACCCGGCGUGGUUCGAGCCUUUCGUGAUGCAGUGGCUGAACGAGAACGACGACGUAUCACUAGAAUAUCUCCAUGGUGCCUUCAACAGAGACAAGAAGGACGGAUUCCAAAAGAGCAGCGAGCACGCGCUCUUCAGCGUCUCCGUCGUCGACGUCUUCACUCAGCUAACCCAAUGCUUCGACGUAGUCUCCAAACUAGAGUGUCCUGAUCCAGAGAUUUGGAAGAGAUAUAUGAAGAGGUUUGCGAAGACCAUCGUGAAAGUCUUGGUCGCUUACGCUGACAUCGUCAAGAAGGAGUUCCCCAGCCAUCUGAAGGAAGAACGAAUCGCCUGCAUCUUGAUGAACAACAUUCAGCAGCUGCGAGUGCAGCUGGAGAAGAUGUUCGAGUCGAUGGGCGGCGAGAAACUGGAAGAGGACGCGGCGAACAUUCUGAAGGAGCUUCAGCAGCAACUGAACGCAGCUUUGGACGACCUGGCGAUGUUGUUCGCGAAGAGCCUGGAACCGAGGAUAACGGCUUCCGUGAAGGAGUUGGGAGACCUGCUGUUGGCCAUCAAGGGCGGUGGACAGGUGCAGAUGUCGCAACCCGCGCAAAGGAACAACGUCGCCGUCGAAGCUGACGAGGUACUGCGACCGUUGAUGGUCUUGCUCGACGGAAGCCUGUCCUUGUACGCUGAAUCUUGCGAGAAGACGGUGCUGAAGAGGCUGCUUAAAGAAUUGUGGAAGAUCGUCAUGAGGAUUCUCGAGAAGACCGUUGUGCUGCCGCCCAUGUCGGAUAAGAGCAUGAUGUUCAAGAAUCUGACGGAUAACGCGAAGAAUCUGGCGGCGAACGCGAAGAUAGAGGACAUGUCGAAACUGUUCAAGAACCAUAUGGCAGGCAAACCCGACGUGAAGAAUGCCUUGAGCGGCGUAAUGGAUAUUUCCAAGGAAGUAGAGAAGAACCUUUCACCGAAACAAUGCGCGGUUCUCGAAGUCGCCCUCGACACCAUCAAACAGUACUUCCACGCAGGUGGAAACGGUUUGAAGAAGACGUUCUUGGAGAAAUCGCCAGAACUGCAGAGCUUACGAUAUGCUCUUAGCUUGUACACGCAAACAACGGACACCCUUAUCAAGACCUUCGUCACGUCGCAGGUCAACCAAGUGCCGCUGAACACUGCGUCAAAGCUACGUCAGCGUCAGCGUUCGAUGAGCAGCGAGAGAGGUGGUGACGAAGGGGACGGAGCCGAGGGUAUGGAAAGCCUCGAAGAACCCCUUCGCCAGAGCAAGCCCUCUCUACGUCGAGAGAGUCGACAAGUUCCAGAUCCCGCGGGCCCGGAAGAAGGUUCCGUGGGCGAGGUCAGCAUUCAGGUGGAUCUCUUCACGCAUCCUGGAACUGGCGAACAGAAGGUCACCGUCAAAGUCGUCGCUGCGAACGAUUUGAAGUGGCAGCUAGCUACGGGAAUGUUCAGGCCGUUCGUUGAGGUGAACCUGAUCGGACCACAUCUGACCGGAAAGAAGAGGAAGCAGUCGACGAAGUCGAAGAGCAAUAACUGGUCCCCGCAAUUCAACGAGAGUUUCGAUUUCAUGAUCGGCAACGAGCAGCAGCAACUCGACUUCUACGAGCUGCACAUAUGCGUGAAGGACUACUACUUCGCGAGGGAGGACCGACUGGUCGGCGUGGCGGUGAUGCAGCUGAAGGACAUCGUCGAGGAGGGCUCGUGCGCCUGCUGGUUGUCGCUGGGCAAACGAAUCCAGAUGGACGAGACGGGCUGGACGAUCCUGAGGAUCCUCUCGCAGAGGAACAACGACGAGAUCGCCAAGGAGUUCGUGAAGCUGAAGAGCGACAUAAGGCAGGAAACGCCUCUGCCGAAUCCCACCUGAACCUCGGGGACACAGCGUUAAAGCAUACAGCGAAGCGAUGCGUCCUUCGAGUUUGGAAAGAGCUCGGAGGUGGUGAAGGAGGUGCAUUGUCCACAGGGGAGACCAGAGGCGUUCGGCCGUCGUGGUCGAGAGAGUACACGAGGUCCUUGACGACCCGCAGAAGACGCGAUCGAGAACAACCGCGCGAUAUAUAUAUACGUAUAUGUAUAUACGUGUAUACGUAUAUACAUAUAUAUACAUACACAGACAAGAGAAACGCCGUUGACGAAACGAUCCACCGAAUUAAUUUCGGUUACGACGAGAACUCGGUCGCUGCGAAAUGAAACACGGGAACGAGGCCAGUCCCGUUCCCUUCGCGGCCAGCUGCCGGUCGAGCGUGUUCUUCUCUCUUUUUUACGAAUCACAGAGCUUCAGCCCCGUCCCUACAAAACAAAACAAAGGAAAGAAUUUACGGAAAAGUGUCCGGACAAGACGUCUCCCGGAUUGGUAUCGAGCGAACGCGCCCGAGAAAAUCCCUGGCCCCCCGAGUCGAAACGCUCGUCCAUCGGAUACAAAGAAAAGAGGAUACCGAUAGAACGGAAGAGGGACUGAGGGUGAUUCCUCCCUCCCUCUCGGGACGCGUAGAAGCGUCGGAAGCUCGUGAACGGUGAUCUCGGUGAACACGGAGGAACGCGAGCCGGACUCUUAAUCGAUUAAGUGCCGCGAGGAGGGAGGACACGAAGCUUCGAGGCAUUUUGAAGAGUGUUCCGAAUAGACGCGAUACGUGAAAACAGUGCUGCCAGUACGCAAUAUAUUUGGUAAUAUUCGUAAUGUAAGAGAGGAGGAGGAGGAGGAGUCGAAUUAGCCGUAAAAAAAAAAAAGAAAAUGUGCGUCCAACAAAACGCGAGCGUACCUCGACAUCCACGGAUACCACCCUGCGACGCGAAGAGGACGAAUUAAAAAAAAAAAGAAAAACGAAGGAUCACCCACGGGGUACGCGACAGGUCGUGUUUCGACAUACGAAAGACGGGGAUAAUCGCGCUGCGACGAGGCGACGUUAAUACUAAUUAAAACUAUAGACCCUCGUGCGAGACGACGUUUUAGGCCGUUUGUUCGGGAAGACGAGUUUACUUGUAGAUAACACGUGAAAAAAAAAACACAUUGUUGACGAAGAAGUUUUUUCUAAUAACAGUUUAACGUAGCAUUGCGUACGACCAAAUAGGCGCGCCGCGACGUCGCUCGCCGCGCGCCGUUAGUAAUUAAAAUAGGCAUUGUAAUUGUAAAGUACGUUCUUACUCGUAAGGAUUAACAAAAAGAGAUCGUAAGAGUCUGAAUUGCUGUGGUGAACGACAACAGAGGUCCGCUCGAAGGCUUCGAAACACUCCGUGAAUACGUCCUCGGUAUCGCCUCGGCGACGCGAGACGUCGCGCACGUGUCAAUGUACCCCUGUUUACGAUCGACGCGAACGAAAUCACCGUGCCCCGUCCGCUCUCGAUUUUCGAGGGCAACGCAGUAGUGUUUCGAACAUCGAUUACAUUUGUUGCUGGGGUAAUUAAGGGAGGAGUCAAGGUUUUUUGCUAUGCAUUUUAAGGUGCAAUUUGUUCUUGUUUUUGAAAUUUUUUUACGUAUAAAGAUGUACUUUCAAAGAAGAAAAUUUGACAUCGAAGAUUUAUUAUGAAUGUAUACAUAUAUACAGUCAAUUCCAUAAAUAUUCGUACCCUCUAUCGAAGAAGUUUCACUAAAUUAAAUAAUAGUUUUGAUAUUACCAAAUGAAUUCUUCAUUAUAAAUAUGAAUUAAAUUAUACGUGUAUAUAUUUAUAUAUACAUCAAGAUAUUUAUACAAACAUACACUUGGAAACAUCGAACCUAUUAUUUAAUUUAAACAAAUUUCUUCAAUAGACACGGAGGGUACGAGUAUUUAUGGGAAUGACUGCAGAUAUAGUAAUGGCAAUCGUAGAAUUCGGUAAAAACUGCGAGAUAUCUGGAGUUUUUGAAAAACUUCCGAAACAUAAAAUUAAAAGAAAUUAAAAGAAGAAAUCAGAUCCAACAAAAAAAUUACUACUCGUCUACUCGUCCUUACGUAUCGAUAAUUGGCAGAUUUUGAACAUUAUACAAGAUGGGUGAUAUUUUGUUCCAGAUAAAAGAUGACAAAAUGAAUUCAUAUUUCAUAGGUAACUGUUCAAUCCGAACGUUGUACAAUAUCUUCAUUCGUCAUCUAUUACCAUUGGAAUAAAAUUUUGCCUAUCCCCGCCUAUUUCCACGUAAAACUCUAACCGUGCUUCGCGUAUGGAUGAUUGGCGAAUUUUCGAACAUCACGCGAGGCACUACUGUAUCGCGAGACGAGUCUCGAUCAUCGAUCCGGUGUCCGCGGCCGUUUUCACGAGUCGAUGGCCCGAUUUUUCGAAAUUAAACUUUAUAUCGUCGUAGCUCCUAUAGUAAUCGAAUAAUCAUACGAAUAACUUCUCCGACGACCAUUGCUUUCUGCGUGAACGAAGAGGAAAACGAACACACGAGAAGGAAGUGGGAACGCCAGCUUCGAGAACGAACGUUGAUACUUCUCUGUCUAUUCGCUUGAUAUCACAUCGAUAUUGCUCUUGUACAUAGAUCCGAAGGCUGUCCAUCCGUGGACACGGUUCGCUGACCACGUUCGAGUCCUUG